GCGAACCAAAUCUUUUCGCCUUUCGCAUUCUUCUUUUCAACAUGCGCGGCACUCUCAUCUUCGCGGGCUCCUCCUGCCCAGUCCUCACUAAUCAGAUAUGUGAGAACCUGGGCAUGGCUCCUGCCCAGGCGGAGCUUACCCAAUUUUCCAAUGGCGAGACGAGCGUGCGAAUCUUGACCAGCGUCCGCGAAAAGGAUGUCUUUGUCGUACAGUCCGGCAGCGCCAAGGUCAACGACACCAUCAUGGAGUUGUUGAUCAUGAUCUCGGCCUGCAAUGGCGGCUCAGCAAACAAGAUCACUGCUGUGCUUCCGUACUUCCCCUACAGUCGCCAGUCGAAGAAGAAGUCCCACCGGGGUGCUAUCACAGCAAGAAUGCUUGCCAACCUCCUCGGCGUGGCCGGCGUUAAGCACGUCAUCACCGUCGACCUGCACGCUUCCCAGAUGCAGGGCUUCUUUAAGUGCCCGGUUGACAACCUGCACGCCGAACCCCUCAUCGCGAGAUGGAUCCGGCACAACGUGCCCAAUUGGAAGGAGGCUGUUGUUGUGUCCAAGAAUGCGGGCGGAACCAAGCGUGUAACAUCGCUUGCGGACGCGUUGAAGCUCAACUUUGGCAUGGUCACAACAGAGAAGAACCGGAAGGGAACGAACAUGACAUCGAGCAUGAUCAUGCACCACCUGGACAAUCUCGAUCGGGAACCCGUGUUGGAGACGACGCGUGAGCCACCCAGACCUUCCACACCUCCCGCUGCACCUGGUCGGGCUGCCAGGAUUAGAACCGACGCACACGGUUCCCCUCAGUUCACCAGCGCUCCGCGAUCUCACCCUCGGUCAAUGGACGACCGGCCUACGACACCCACGCAGUCCAAGCCUGGCGACGGGUCGGUUGACGAUGACGAGGAGGAGGGCGACGCGCAGUACGAUGAUCGUCGCGCCCAUGAGGUUACGCACGGCCGACUGGUUCAGGGUCACAUAGUGGACGACGACUAUCCAUCGCCGGCUGCAUCAACCGUCAGCGGCAGCGUCCAGGGCGACGACCCCAUGACGAUGUCGCACGCAUCGUCGUUCUUUGCCCCUGAGCCCCAUGCCCUGGGAGGUUCCGGAGACGCGGCCCCAGAGUCGGACGAAGAGGACGAGGUCCUGAAGGAUCCCAAGGUCGAGCACAUGAUCACGCUGGUCGGCGAUGUCAAGAACAGAACCGUCUUCAUCGUUGAUGACAUGAUUGACAAGCCCAACUCAUGGAUCGCCGCUGCCGAGACAGUCGUCAAGAAGGGCCGCGCGAAGAAGGUCUACUGCAUGGCCACCCACGGCGUGUUCGGCGGCGACAGCCUCGACCAGCUUCAGGCGUGCGAGUGCAUCGAUACCAUUCUCGUGACCAACAGUUUCCCCAUCCCCGAGGAUCAGGCCAAGCGGUGCCCCAAGCUUGUGGUCCUGGAUCUCUCCUUCCUCCUUGCUGAGGCGAUUCGCCGUAACCACUACGGCGAAUCAAUCUCCCCUCUGUACCAACACAUUCUGGACUAAAAAGAUUUUCCGGCGAGAGAGCGUGCAAGGAUUGUCUCGGUUACAGUUCGCCUGACACGGCUUCUUUUUCUGCUUUUCCCUAUCUUGGACUGGCUCAAGGAUUCUCUUCUUUUCUUUUUGAGUUCCAGUAUGUGUGCGGCAUACUCGGGGGAGAAAGGCAUUUCAGCGCGGCGUUCUGGGCUACAACGGCAAAGAGUGGAAUGGCCAAAAGAUGGUGGCAACCAAAAAAAUACGCGUUCCUAAGGAGACUUUGGUAGGUCUUGAACAUCAACACAAAGCAUGGUCAGUAUUAGACAUGAAUGAUGAAACUUUGAUACCUUUUUUUCAACCGGGCCGCCAUCUAGUAUGGCGUGUGCGCGUGUUCCUCAACUGAUACACCUUUUUUUUUACCUUUACCUGAUGGAAGACUGGGCUGCAUCCAUUGCAUCACCCUUUCUUACCUUUCACACACCAACGAUGCUGUUUUCUGAACAGCCGGGGCC